AUGGCUGCAAGAAUUAUCAGAAAAAUUGUCCCAUCGAGCCGGACUGGCUCAGCACAGUACAGUUCAGGGGUGAGAAAGGUUACCCUAAUCCCGGGCCAUGGCAUUGGUCCCGAGAUCACAGUAGCCGUGCAGAAAAUUUUCGAGGCAGCCAAAGUGCCAAUUGCAUGGGAUGAAGUGGACGUAACAGCUGUUAGAGGUCCGGAUGGCAAAUUCGGUAUUCCACAGAAAGCCAUUGACUCCGUAAAUGCAAACAAAAUCGGUCUUAAGGGUCCUCUAAUGACUCCUGUCGGCAAAGGAUAUCGGUCAUUGAACUUGGCCCUACGUAAAGAGUUUGACCUGUACGCUAAUGUCAGACCUUGCAAGAGCUUAGAGGGAAUCAAAACACUAUACGACAAUGUGGAUGUGGUGACAAUCAGAGAAAACACAGAGGGAGAGUACUCCGGAAUUGAACACGAGAUUGUCGACGGUGUGGUGCAGUCCAUCAAGCUGAUCACAGAAGAGGCCAGUAAGAGAGUCGCAGAGUUCGCCUUCCAGUUUGCCAAAGAUAAUAACAGAAAAAAGGUCACCGCUGUACAUAAAGCCAAUAUUAUGCGAAUGUCAGACGGUCUGUUCCUGCGGUGCUGCCGCGAAAUGGCGACAAAGUAUUCAGAAAUCAAGUUCGAGGAGCGAUACCUUGACACAGUGUGCCUUAACAUGGUCCAGGACCCAUCCAAGUUUGACGUGUUGGUGAUGCCGAACUUGUACGGUGACAUCAUGUCCGACAUGUGCUCCGGUCUAGUGGGAGGUCUCGGACUCACACCCUCCGGUAACAUCGGCAAAAAUGGUGCACUCUUUGAGUCUGUGCAUGGUACAGCUCCUGACAUCGCCGGCAAGGACUUGGCGAACCCCACCGCCUUACUCUUAUCCGCCAUUAUGAUGCUUCGUCACCUGCAGCUCAACGAGCAUGCGGAUCGUGUGCAGGACGCCUGCUACCAGGUGCUGCGCGAAGGCAAAUCGCUGACCGGCGACCUUGGGGGCACCGGCACCUGCAGCGGCUACACUAACGCCAUUAUCUCCAAACUUAACUAG